AUAAUCGUUGAUGAUUUGAAAGUUUUCAAAGCUAGCGAGCAUGCCGAGCAUGUGAUCCGAAUGUCAAAAUUGUACAGUUUUAAAAGUUAUUAAUUCAAGUUUUGUAAAAUUUCACUCGUCAGUGCCUUCACAUCUGUCAUUUCCAAAGUAUUAAUUAAUUUCUUUCCUCGUCACUUUCUGCUAUGUAAUCUCAUCUUCCAAUCCAAGUUUGAGCCGCUCUCCACUUCCGUUAUCUUCCGCCUCAUUCUGCUUUCUUGCUUAUAGUAACCACUUUCAGCAUGCAUACUUCUCGAUCCAGCAGCUUUGAAAUAAUGGCUCCGAGUCUCAUUACGUUCAACAAAUCCCACGAGAAACGGCUGGAAGAAUACAAAGAGAUUUUAGGCUCUCAGCUUCCUCCAUCACAAGUUUUUGAGCAGUGGUGUGAUUAUCUUGAUCUUGGUGUAGAGCCAACCGGCUGGUGUGGAUUGUGGAAUAUAUCUCGAGAACUCUGCGAAGACUUUGACAUUCCAUUUCCUUGCCCUGUUUUUGUCCUUGUGGAGCUUGUGAAUUUCAAAGAACUAACUGCACAAGUGAGGGUCAACCGUGUCAUGCAUGAGGUUUCACUGCCAGAAGUUAUCUCAGAUGUUCCUCUCCUAAAUCUCUAUCCGACUUCAGAGCAAGAAAACAGUGCUCUUAACGUUGAAUUUACUGCAGAAUGCAUUGAUCAAUACAGGUUAUUUUACAAUCACCUUUGGUGGCCAUGGGAUUUAGAAGAAAUUGGUGAAAUAAGCGAUUGGGUCUCCGUUCAUCUUGAGAUGCGGCUUCAACUAUACUUUGAUAUGCUGUCAGGAGAAAUGGACUAUGAAAUUGGCUCAAAGAUCCGUCACUACAUCACCUCUGGAAAAGAUAUUUACGAGGAAAUUAAGGAGUUGGAAGAAAUAAUCAACGAGGAAGAUGUGGCAGCCAAAAUGACAGAAAGUGAAGCUUUACUCCUGACCAAACGAGCAGAAUUAGAUCAAAUCAAAACAAAGCUGCUUCUCUUUGAAAACAAAGAUUUCAGGCUUAUUGAAAGCAGGAAAAAACAAAAAGCGAGAGCAUCCAAAAAGAGUGCAGAAACCACCGUAGUUCUGUCAACCUGUUCUAGUCAAGAUGCUGUCAGCUAUAUGAAUGAAUUUGGGAAGAACUUCAGUGACACUAAUAAAAUAGUCCAAUUCUGCUCGGACCCCCAAGAGGCUGUCAUGAAAGCGCUUCCAGGAGAUACUAUUGUUAUAUCACCGGGAUUCUUCAAAUUAAACAGCAGCGGUGCAAUUGAAGAAGGCGGCUCCAUAAUUGGCAUGAUCCCAGACAAUAAGCCUGUUCUCUCGGACUUGAUUUCAAACUGGUCCCUUCUGGAGUUCUGCAGCAAUGCUCGGUUAAUGAACGUAGCCAUAGAAAUUCAGCAAGUCCACAGUGGCAUCAUCGUAAGACGCAACUCACUUACCUUGCAAGAUGUAUCUAUGAAAGCGCUCUCAUCUCUGCAGCAUCAAGCCAUCGUUGUCUUGAAGAACGGUGUCUUGGAAGCAAACAAUUGUACAUUUUCUGGUUUUGAUGUAGCCCUCGUAGCGAAUGAAGGUGCCACUGUUGUCAUCAACUCUUGCACUUUCGAGGAUAACAACUUCGCCAUCAAAUUGUGCGAGGGUGCUACGGUGACGCUCAAUAACUGCUCAGUCUAUGCCUCAAAAAAUUGCGCCAUCCAGAUUGAAAGUGGCAAAGUAGUUUCUCAAAUCAGCUCCAUGGAGCUGCUUCAUACAAUUCCAGGAGUGAAAGCAGUAGGUCUAACAAUCCAGAAUAGCUCAAAAGGGGACGUUCAAGUUGUUAAAAGGAGAACUGGCAUCAUCCUAGAAGAUAACAUGUAAAAUCUCUCCUGGAUCAAAUUAUUAAUUAUUGGUGCUCCAUUCUUAUUGUGAAGAACUGUUCUUUUUUUAAAAAAUAAUUAUUGCUCUAACUACCUCAAUUUUUUUCGAGUUCACUGCAACAUUCUCUUGUUUUCAAAACAAGACUGAGACAAAACAAAUGAAUUUCUUAUAUUUUGAUUUUUUUAAAAAUACGUCAUUCAGAGGAUAACAAAUUUUAAAUGUCCGAAGAAUUUUAAUACUUUGUCUGCUUGGUUCUUACAAAAUUAUAUUAUUCCAGUUAAUUUUGUUGCCCGUAAAAUUCAGGAUAAAUUAAAUCAUCGAGUAUAUUGCUGUAGUUUUGUGAUCAUGUGUUUUACAAUCAUUUUCACUUACACACAUUAUUUUUUGCAUGUUCUCAUUUUAAGUAAUUUUAAAUUUUUUAACAUUCCAUUCCUUUUGUGCACUAGUAGAUGCACUGUUUUUAAAAUUUGACCUCAAAUUGGGCCAUUCUUCAUCCUUGCAUGUUUUUUUCAAAAUUAAAAUUCCAUGCUCAAUUUUUCUUUCCUUCUUGUAUGUAUUAACCAUGUUUCUCCUACUCCCCUCUCCCCAAGAAUACCACCUAUAAUCCCUAAAAUUGAUGUAUCAUAAAGUACUUAUACUUACACUUUUCUUUCUGUAUUUAACGAGUCUUUUGGAACCUCAUUUGAUUUGAUCAUUGUAUCAAGCUAGACUUAAUUUCACAAUAUUUUAUCAUAUUAUUUUUUCUCUAUCUGCCAUAUCAUUGCAUCUCCAUCUUUGUCAGUGUCAAUUUCAUAAUACUGUCUUCUAUCUUUUAAGAGUUGCUGAGUUUACGAAAUGUAAUUUUCCCUCUAUUUCGAAACCUUUAUCAUUUAGACAUAAGAAAUCUGUUUUUGAUAAGAGCUUUUUUGGGGGGCCUAGUUUUUAGCUUUUAAAAUUUGAGUUUGUUUCUUCCAUUUUUUGUCAAAAAUUCCUGGAGAAUUUUUUACAGAACGUAAGAACUUACCCCCACUUUUAAAAUUACCUUUUAUAAUUUAAUUUGGUUCCACAUUUACCGAAGCACUUGCUAGUGUUUUCUCCCUCUGUCUUAAAAUGUGAUAACAGAUUACAUAAUUGUUUUUUUUUACUUUUUCAGGGUAAUUGCUCUUUGUGCCUUUUUAACGAUUUACAUACUUCUUCUUUUUAAGUCUGACUGACAAUAGAUUAAGCAUUCAAUUUAAAAGUUUUAUUCCCAGUUUAACUAAAUAAAAAGCAAAAAAACCGUUUAAGUACCUCUCAAGAGUGUGGUUUCAGAAGUUUCAGCGUACAAUAAUUCAUAAUAUUUUGGCACUUCGUUGUACAAUUUUUGUUUUAUGAUUAAAAAUGAGUUGAUUUGUA